AUGAAGGAGCUGCUGAAAGUCAAGACGCCCAGGCAGGUGACGGCGAACCUCAAACGCAUCUGCGAGAGCGGGGAUGUUCAUGCAGCCUGGCGUGCUCUCCAAGCUGUCCAAAAAGACGCAGUCCAAGCCAACGUUAUUCACUACAACACGGUCAUUAGUGGCUGCCAAAAAGCAUCGGACUGGCAACUGGCCCUUCACUUGCUGUCUGAGCUGGGGCGACCCGACGUCAGAAGCUACAGCGCCGCGUUGGAAGCUUGCAGUUGUGCCAGCCAGUGGCAGGCUGCCUUGAGUUUGUUCGGCUCCUGCGUGGGCUCCGUCCAGACGGAUGUCAUUCUGGUCAGUUCGGCAAUCUCCGCCUGCGGUGCCGGAAGCCAGUGGCAAACGGCCUUGGACCUGCUCUGCACACUUCCGGCGGCCGGGCUCCAGGCGAACUUGGUGACCUACACCAACUGCCUCUCUGCCCUGGCCAGAGGGGGGCAGUGGCAGCACAGCUUGGCCCUUCUACUUUUUAUGCCGCAGGCAGAGCUCCAGCCCAACGUGUUCAGCUUCAGCGCUUGCCUCAGCGCGUGCGAGACGAGCAGCAGCUGGCAAUCAACGCUGGAGCUCCUUGAGCUUAUGCAAGGCUGGAUAGUCUCGGCAAACGCGAUAACCUACAACUCGGUGCUGAGUUGCUGCGUCGCUGGAUCGCGCUGGGACCUGGCACUGGAAUUGCACGACUCUCUGAAGACCCGAUCUGGGUUUGCCCCAACACCUGUGACUUAUACUGCACUGAUGGGUGCGGCGACACGCGCACAGCGAUGGACGCUUGCACUGCUUCUCCUGGUAGAGAUGCAAGCUACGGGGGUUCGCAGCAGCACAAUCACCUGGAAUGGCUUGAUGGAGGCGCUCCAAGCAGGCCAGCAGUGGCAGCGUGCCUUGGAGCUUUUCACGCAGUUGCCGAGCAGGAGUUUGCGGCCGGACACUUUCAGCUUUGGCGCAGCCAUCCGUGCCACGGCUGCCGCCGACAACUGGCGCCUUGCAUUCUUCCUUUUGGCUGAGAUGCCUGAGGCGGGGGUGGCUAUGGACGGAUUUGCCUUGAGCUCGGCCAUCCAGGCAUGCGAGCAAGGUUCACAGUGGCAAGUGGCCCUCGAUAUGCUUGUGUGCGCAACAUCACUCAGAGUAGAGGUUGACGCCGUGAUUGGCACAGCCGCGAUUGCAGCAACAGGGAAAGCAGGACACUGGCAACAUGCGCUGAGCGUGCUCCAGCUCAUGAGUAUGCAGGUGGUGCGGCGCAAUGCCGUAAGCUACAGUGCUGCCAUCACGGCAUGCGCUAAAAAGGGCCAGUGGAACUCGGUGUUGGGCCUCGUGCAAGAAAUGGUGGAGAAGGACUGCAGAAUCUUUACUUCCAAAUAUGACCACACCGUGCAGGCUGGGAGCUCCCUGGACUGCUUCAAGCACACAGUCCUGGUAAGCUUGCUACAAACAUCAACGUCCACCGCAGAUCCAGUCCUCUUUGUCGAUGCACAUGCUGGAAGGGGCAUCUACAACAUUGAUAGCCGCUCCGCUGGACAUCUGAACUUUCAGUCUGGCAUCGCUCAGUUAAUUCAUCGCUUUGGAGACACGCUUCCAGCCCACCCAGCUGUGAGAGAGUACUUAGCUGCAGUGCGCAGGCACAACUCGGAUGGUGUUUUGAGCUUCUACCCUGGUUCGGCAGCGUUGGCUUUAUCUUGGCUCCGCCCGCAAGAUACGGCGAUGUUCUUUGAGCUCUCAGAGGACAUGUUCGUCGACUUAACUUCCAACUUAAGAGGUCUCAACCGCGGAUGUCGACAAGAGGUGAUUUGUGCGGACUCUUACUGGUGGAUGUUGCAUAAAGCGAUUCCAGACGGCAAGGGUAUAGUCUUUCUUGAUCCGCCCUGCGACCCGUACGAAUUGCACAUCGCAUGGAGCUUGUUCAUGGUGAGGCACUUGCGACAAGAACGGCCUCGGCUCUGCCUUGCGAUGUGGUAUCCCUGUUUAGAUGCCCUGCAGAUCUCGAAUCUCCAUGGUCAGGCUGCUUCCCUGGGCGUAGGUGAGAUAGUGGUGGCCGAGUUUGCAGUGACCGAUCCAACCCGGAGCUCCUUACAGAGUUCGGGUGUCUUGGUUUUCAAUCCACCCCCUGAAGCUGCAGCCAUGCUCGAAGACUUACUGCACUUUCUGGCCAGAAGCCUUGAGUCAGGGACUGCCGAGGUGCACACGAAGGUGUUCCAGCUCUGCGCCGAAACAAACCAGCGCGUUCUUUGCUGCGUUGCUUUGAUCAGAUUCCUCGCUCCAACAAAAUCACCCCAGAAAAAAUCUCUGCAACACACGGUUCAGAGCCUUGGUUUGGAGGCGCCUGUUCUUGGCCCGAUGUAUCCAGAAAGCCUUGUGACGGAUAGCCAUUUCUGGGAUAGUUGUGGGAUCAUCGGAGGUGGGCGCUCCAGAAACAGCCGAGGACACACUGGUUAA